AUGGCGGCCGCGCCUGGGAAAAUCCGAGUCCUGCACCUGCUGUGCAAGCACACCAAGUCCCGCAACCCGGUCUCCCGACGCACGGGCGGAUCAACCUCCAGCGUCAGCGUCGACAGCGCCCACACUGAGCUGCAGGCCAUCAUCGGCAAGCUGCAGACCCUGUCCGGUCAGGAGCUCGUCGACGCCUUCGCCAAGGAAGCCUCGGGCCGAAGCGACUGUGGCUCCUACGCGCAGGGUGGCGAUCUCGGCUUCUUUGGCCCUGGUGAGAUGCAGAAGCCCUUCGAGGAAGCCUCCUACGCCCUCGAAGUGGGGAAGAUGAGCGGCAUCAUCGACACGGACAGCGGCAGCCACAUCAUCCUGCGCAUCGCGUGA